AUUAUCAGCUAAAAUAAUCCAACAAGGAAGUGAAAAUCAGUAAGUGUUUUCGUUAUCAACAGGUAGAUUGCACAGUUCCCAGUCGAUAAAACUAAAUUGGAUAUUUACCGUUCUCAACUGAUAAAACUGGAUAUCUAAAAUGAGGAUUUGCUGGUUUGUGAUCUUGUUCGCCUACGGAAGUGUGACAUUUGGCUACAUGACUAUUCACAAUGAUAAUAAUGACAGAAGAAAAGUGACAAGGACAUCUGACAAUUGUGAGCUGUUGACCGUUGGCUCUACAGAAUUGUAUGCCGACUACAGUUAUCGGGGUCUAACAAAAGUACCAGACCGUUUGCCGAACAAUAUUACAUGUUUGAACAUGGUUGGGAAUAUUUUAACUUCUUUAGCUGGAUCGCCUUGGGGAAAGUACACUUCUCUUCGAAAAUUAUCAUUGGCAAGAAACCGCAUUGACGAACUUAGAGAUCGAGAUUUCGUCGGUUUGUCAAACCUUGAAAUGCUCGAUUUAAGUUUAGAUAAAAUACACUACCAUGCGGUCCACGAAUACGCCUUUAGGCAUUUGGAGUCACUAAAGUAUCUCGACCUUAAACAAAACAUUACAAAAUACAGCAGGGUGGAAACAUAUCCACAGUCAUUGCAAUAUUUACGAAAAUUGGAAUUGAAUUUUGAUAUUUUUUUGAUGCCUUCCCCAGCCUGCAAGGAGUUUCUCACGCUAGGUGUUGUUUCACGGGCAUAUAUAAAUGGGCAUAAUUUAACCAAAUUGACAGAAAGGUUUGUGAAGCCUAAGUCUUUCAAUAUGCAUUAUCAUGGGGAAGACAUGCAUGGAAUUUCUUUUAAUUUCGAUGAGUAA